AUGGCCAUACUAUUAGUUGUCGCGAAGGAACAAACAACUCUCCCUAAAGCUUGUAAUGCCAUCAAGAGGUUGGAAAAGAAACUUGACAAGCUUGCACAGAACUUGGGGGAAAAGUUGGAAAAUCUAACUGCACUGAUCAGCAAGACUCCGGGUAAAGAGUUGACCUAAAAUAUUUCAGCAUUAAGUUUUGGCUAAAAGUGAAUUUUAUCCCCUAUCUUACAGGAAAUAUUGUUUUUCCUUAUAGGCAUUCCCGCCUCCUCUUGAAAGGAACUGUAUGAUAAUCACGGGUAAGUUUACCGGUCGCCUAUAUGAUGCGUCACAUGCAUGUUACAAGUACUUAUCUUUUGCCAGUUCACCCGAAGCGCCUAUUUAAAAAACCUCCAAGAGAUGAGAUAAAGUGAAAAGCGCAAUCAUGGCUGCUGGGCUAAAAGUUAGGGAAAUAAAAAGAUAGCAAAAUAUUUUAAAACAAAUGUAAUUUACCCGCAGUAAAAGUUUCGAGAACGCGUACCUCAGCGAAGCGAGAAUGGAAGACGCUUCAUCCUCCUAAAAUUUUUAUCAGAUGGUUAUACCGAAAACAACAAAAAAAUAGUCAGAAAUUGGUAAAAAAUGGAUGAUUAAGCUCGAAGCCUCUUAUCUUGCCAGGUUCAACGAUAAAUGGAAGAAAGGAAACUUUGCGGUAAUUCUUGUAAUUUUCACAUAGCUCUAUUUUUUUUAGUGAACACCUUGAAUUGGUACGAGACGAUUUUUCUCUCUUGACAUUAAUUGACAAAGAUCAAGAGGAUUGUUCAUUUUUGUCCCUUAAAUUUUUGUCCAUCAGGUUAACUACCAGCCGAGUGUAUACGCUGAAGUUUGAUUCAUACAAGUUUUCUGUUUACUGUCACAUGGGAGACUUUGGAUGCGGAGAUGGAGGAUGGACGAUGGCCAUGAAGAUUGACGGCACUAAGGUAGUACAAGUCUUUCAGCUUAUCAACUAACUGUGAUAUGAAUAUUUAUUUUACGAUUCUCGUUUGCAGAAAACUUUCCACUACGAUUCUCAUCUCUGGAGCGACAAAAAUCCAUACAACAUUGCAGGAGGGAGAACUGGGUUUGAUUCACAAGAGACUAAGCUGCCGAGCUACUGGAAAACACCCUUCUCCAAGAUCUGCCUCGGUAUGAAGAUCGGCCACAAGAUAAGAUUCUUUACCAUCUACAAGCACGCCAACUCGCUGUACUCGCUGAUCGCUGACGGCCAAUACCGCGCCACCUCACUGGGUCGAAUCACGUGGAAGUCGCUGAUUGGUCCACAGGCAUCCUUACAAAAAUACUGUAACAAGGAAGGGUUCAACGCUAUCUGCAGUGAUAAACCACAUUCCAAGGCAAGAAUUGGUAUCACAAGUAAUGAAGCGAACGAUUGUUUCUUGUGUGACUCCAGAAUCGGAUUUGGUACAGGAGGACAUCAUGACGACACAAACACGUGUGGAAAUGAGGCCACAUUUUCCCCAGACAACGGAAACAAGCACAUCAAAACCAUGGGCUACAUCUUGGUUCAGUAGUAAAGAACCCUGAACUUUCCAAUGAGCAUUAAAAUUUUAGUCGGUUAGUUUACCUCAAGUUUUCUCUCAGAAGAAACAAAAUUCACAGUGGGACAUAGGUGCCACUUAGGUUAGAUGAUCUUGUAAAGAUUGCCUUAUAUUCUAGAUAAAGUGGGGAACAACUAAAUGCAUGGUUGUUUUAGUUUGAUAUGAAUAAGAGAGACUUCUGUUAUGGUGC